AUGCUGUUCAAUCGGUUUCUCUGCACUUCCUUCUUACUCUUUCUCUUCUUCCUCUUUGGUUGCGCAUCAUCUGCAACUCUGCCCACCCAAGAAGUGGAGGCCUUUAAAGUUGCACUAACCACAUUAAAAAAGACCAACGUUGCUUUCAAUGAGGAUCCAUGCGAAGGUUCAUCUUCUGGAAGUGAAUCGUCAACCAUCAACAGAUGGAAAGACGUUGUUACUUGUGACUGCUCUUUCGCUAGCGGAACCAUUUGCCAUGUUACCAAAAUACGUUUGAAGGAAAAUAAUCUACAAGGGUCUCUUCCUAAAGAGUUUGUGGGACUUACUUUUCUGCAAGAGAUUGAUCUCUCUAGAAACUAUCUCAAUGGUUCCAUUCCUCCUGAAUGGGGAGUCUUGCCACUCGUCAACAUAUCGCUUCUUGGAAACCGAUUAACGGGUCCAAUCCCUAAGGAGAUUGGAAACAUUAAAACUCUUACUAGCCUUGUUUUGGAAGCCAAUGAACUUUCAGGAGAGUUACCUUCGGAGCUUGGGAAUCUACCAAAUAUUAAACAAAUGUUUAUUCAAGCAAGUGGUUUAGUCGGACCAAUUCCCAUUUCCAUUGAUUCUCUCGCAGAGUUAAAGGACUUGAGAAUCAGCGAUUUGAAUGGACCCGAAUCUUCAUUUCCACCGCUAAAGAACAUGAAAAAGAUGGAGACAUUGUGA